UACCAUUGCGAGUCACGGUCGCAGUGGUCUAAAAACGUUGUAAAAGUUGCAAGUCGGCUGAAAACGCUAUAACUUAUAAAGUUUUAAUGUAGCUUCGGGCAGCUACGAAGUGUUAUUUAAAGCGGUUUAUCUAGUAAAAGUAUCGCAGGCUGAAACGUCGUCGAAGAAUUGCAUUUGUAUACAGCAGUCAGUGUGCAGGUGUUGUUGUCUCAUUCGGGCGUAACAUCGAGUUGGGUUGCAGUGCGAGCGAAACAACAACAAACAAGUUACAAGCUUUGUACGCUCUCUAAGGUUAGUUGACUGCUUGCACGUGUCAAUUGACCAAAUAUUAUCAUUUUCCGUGGGUAUUUGUAAACAGACGCAAUUCCUUCAUCACUAAAUGCAAAACUGGAGUUGUUAGACUCCAGCAGCAACGACGACACCAUUCAGUCCACCAACUUGAAUAGAAAAUUAAUCAAAAUUAAAAAAUUUAAGCUGGACGAUAUGAAGGAAAUGGUGGGCGGAUGUUGCGUUUGUUCCGACGAGCGGGGGUGGCCGGAGAACCCGCUCGUCUACUGUGACGGCCAAAACUGUACCGUUGCCGUGCAUCAGGCAUGCUAUGGCAUCGUUACCGUGCCGACUGGACCCUGGUAUUGUCGGAAAUGCGAGUCCCAGGAGCGCACCUCGCGUGUACGCUGUGAGAUUUGCCCCUCACGAGAUGGCGCCCUCAAGAAGACAGACACCAGCGGCUGGGCACAUGUUGUGUGCGCCCUGUACAUACCCGAGAUUCGAUUCGGCAACGUGACCACCAUGGAGCCCAUUAUACUGACUUUAAUACCGCAAGAACGCUACUCCAAGACCUGCUACAUUUGCUUGGAAAUUGGAAAGCCAAAUCGUGCCAAUGUCGGAGCCUGCAUGCAGUGCAAUAAAGCCAAUUGCAAGCAGCAGUUCCAUGUCACCUGCGCCCAGAGCUUGGGCCUGCUCUGCGAGGAGGCUGGCAACUAUCUGGACAAUGUUAAGUACUGCGGCUACUGCCAGCAUCACUACAGUAAAUUGAAAAAGGGCGGAAACGUCAAAACUAUUCCACCCUACAAACCCGUACAACAUGACACCUCCUCCGAUUCGUGCUCGUCGCCCGAGAAGGAAAUCGAUUCAACCAUGAACUCAGCCUCCAUCUCAGCGACAAGCAUCAAAAUAACCAGCAGCACAUUAGCCGCUAGCACCACGAGCCUAUCAAGCAGUGGCAGCAAUGUUUCAUCCUCAUCCAAGCAGCGCAAGUCAAACGCCUCCGGUAAAUCAUCGAUGUCAUCAGGUAGCAGCUCCACAGCAGCAACGGGCCUACCAAAUUCCUCAAGCACCUCCAAUGCAGGCGUUGCGGCAACUCCUUCUUCAACUGCAAGCAGUUUUCUGUCCGGCAGUAGCAGCAGCAACUCCGCCAUCAAUAACAAUAAUGCCAUAAGCAACAGCUUAGCGGGUGGUGUCGGCGGCAACGUUGCGGCCACACAUGCCCCAAACCCUAGCGGUGGCAGUGCCAGUGCCAGCGGCAGCGGCAACUCCACCACAGGCAACACCGUACCUGGAGCCGGCAGCGGCAACGGAAGCAGUGCAAUAGGGCCCAGCAAUUCAAGUACUAAAUCAUCAGCCACCAGCUCAAGCAGCAGCUAUAAGGAUAAGCAUAGUAAGAGCUUGGGCAAACAGUCCGGCUCAGGUUCCAGCAAGGACAAGGAAAAGGAUGGCGGUAGCAAUUCAUCGAACAACAGUUUCACACACUCAUCAGCCUCUUCAUCGUCCUCCUCAUCAUCGUCGUCGCGCGAAAAGUCCUCAAAGUCAUCGAAAAACAAGGAUAUCGCGAAAGAAGCCACCGUCGCAGCCGCCAGCAGCAGCAGCAGCAGUAUUGCCACAAGCAGCAGCAACAUGCCCAGUGCCACCAGCAUAACGGCCAGCAGCAGUUCCAGCUCUGCCGCACACGUAUCUAGUAGCGGCGGUGGCAGCGGCGUGACUGCCGCCUCGAUAAGUGAGCAUAGUAAUCAUGCCCAGAACCUGAGCACGUCUGCUUUUACCAGUUCAGGGGCUGUCGGUGUCACGGGCAAACUGCAAUUGGCAAGCAAUUUGGGCGGAGGCUUUGGAGCUGAGCUGCAAGCCACAAGCAGCAGCAGCAACAGCAAUGCCCUAAAGGAAACGUCUUCCUCCAUGGCUGGCAACAGCAAUGCAGGCAAAUUGGAGGGUUUGUCGGGCGCUGGUACGUCCGCAAACAGCGUGGCCAAUCCACUUGGACUCGGCGGCAUCAGCUCCAAUUCAAGCACUAAUUUGAGCAGCAGCAGCAGCAAGACAGUUCCAUCAUCAUCGAUUGCAACAGCAACAUCCACAACAACAAGCAGUCACAGUCAGCCGUCAACAGCGAGCAGCAGCUCCUCGGCGUCCAAAAAGCGCAAGGUGGACACUGCCAAAUCGAUCACCAGCAUCAACCUGGACGAUCACAAUAGCUCAUUUCGGAAUAUUAUUAAGGAUGUGCACGUGACACUGACGCCUCUGACGGACUUUGAGAAGGAAAUCGAGAAGAGCUCCAAGCGGCAACGCACAGAGUUGAGUCCACCCACGCACCAAACAUCCGCCACAGCUGAGGUGAAUGCAACGUUAGCGAGUGCAACAAGUGUAACGAUAGCGCCCAGCGGGACGACGAUAGCAGCCACUACAACGAGUACAUCAACAGCCGCAGCCACCACCUCGAGCAGCAGUGCGAGCAGCCUAACGGGAGGAGCUGCCAUUGGGGGCUACACGAAAAUAGAGGCAAGCAAAACGAGCAGCAGCAGCAGCGGCAGCAGCAAGCAUGGCAGCAGCAGCAGCAGCAAGGACAGCAGCAAUGCUGCCUCAAGUGGAGGAGCUGCCACCAGCAGCGGCAGCAGUGCACCCAGCUUGUAUGUCUCGGUGCCGUUGUCCACGGCCAAUGUACCUGGCAUCAAUUUGCCCAACAGCAGCAGCAGCAGUGCCAGUGAAACACACGCAUCCGCACAACACAACCAGCCACAAGCCGCACAGUCACCUCUCACCACAUACGCAACAGCAGCAGCUGCUGCAAGCGGCAACAGCAGUGCGGGCGCAGGCAGCGCUGCCUCCGUUAUACAAAGCCAGAGCGGCAAGUCAUCGCCCUCGCUGGGCGCUCUGGUGAGCAGCAGUGCCGGAACGGGCAACCUGACAGCCACGACGACGGAGAGCGGCAAUUUGAAGAUCAGCUUUGAGAAGCAAACGACCCGGGUGCAGCAGCUGCAGGAGCAGGAAGCUUCGCCGGCGCGCCGCAGCAGAACACCUGAUCUCAACACGAUGACGAGCACCACCAGCAGCACCUCGACGACCAGCAGCAGCAGCACCACCACAACCACCACCAGCAGCCUCUUAAGCAUCAAUCUGGGCAGCAGCAGCAGCAGCAACAACAUCAACAACAGCAGCAGCAACAACCACAACAACAGCAGCAGCGGCAACAACAACAGCAGCAGCAGCAGCGGCGGCGGCCUCAAGUUCACGUACGAGGCGCAGACGAUUAGCACGCAGCUGGAUGUGCCCAUGUUGCCGGUGAGCGCCAUCAAGGACUCGCCGCCCAGUUCGCCCGGCUCGGAAAUUGGCGCCGCUUUGCAUACGGCUGUUGCGUCCGCAAUCAAUGCGGCUGCCGCUGCUGCUCCCGUCGCUGCCGGCAAUGUCCGGAAGCGCGGACGCAAGGCCAAGGAUGCCACAUUGGUUGCGGCUGCAGCGGCAGCGGCAGCGGCCACAGCAGCUGUGGCUGCCACUCAACAGGAUCUCAAGGAUGUGCGUAUACUGCAGAACGGCAUUGGCGCCGCCAGCGCGCCGGUCAGUGCGCCGGUCAGUGCGCCCACGCCUCCAGCCACGCCCGCCACAAGCAUGACGAGCGGCAGCGCCAGCGUCUCAGGCAGCAGCUCGAUCAUAGCGCACACGGCCAGCCAUAUGCUGGGCAACCAUGUGAAUCCCAACAGCAGCGUGGCCCAGAAGCUAUCGGAGCAACUGCACAUGGAGGUGCAGGAUCAUGCCAUUUACACGCCCGACUCAAUUAGCUCGCAAUUUUCGGGCGUGCCGUUUCCCGGCAAGCAGCGCAAUGCCAGCGCGACGUCUUCGAGCUGUGCCACGCCAGCGCCAAAUCCGCUGCAAUCGAUGUUCGGCGGCGGCGGGAUUAAUGGCAACAUGCCCAUACCGCAGAGUCUGGAACAGCUACUGGAGCGCCAGUGGGAGCAGGGCUCGCAGUUUCUCAUGGAACAGGCCCAGCAUUUCGACAUUGCCUCGCUGCUAAACUGUCUGCAUCAGCUGCAGAGCGAGAACUUGCGGCUGGAGGAGCAUGUGACCAGUCUGAUAGCGCGUCGCGAUCAUUUACUGGCCGUGAAUGCGCGCCUCCAGAUUCCGCUCAACAAUGCGAUCAACAAUGCCAAAGCCGAGGCGCAUGCCUCUAGCAACAGCAGCAGUAACAGCAGCAACGCUCUCAAUGCUGCCACAACAAUUGCAGCAGCCGUUUCGCUGGCCACGACCGCUAUAAACACAACAAUACCGACAAUGGCUAACAGUCGUGCGAGCAGCGCCAGCGGUGUCCUCGAUUAUCGUGGCAGCAGCAGCAACAACAACAACAGCAGCAGCAGCAGCAACAACAGCAACAACAACAUAAACAGCAAUCCCGCAUCAUCAAAUUCCAAUCCAACCACAACAACAGCGACGCCAAUGUCUUCGGUUAACAGCCUGCCAAUGGGGAAUUCAACUAGUUUGGGUCUAAGACACGUUGCGACGUCUCAUGCGUAUAACAGCGCCGGCAGCAGUAACAGCAGCAGCAAUGUUAACGCUAACAGCGCCAGCAACAACAUGCACACGCAUCAACAGCAGCAGCAACACGCAUCGUAUUUACAAACGCAGCAGCAACAGCAGCAGCAACAACAGCCACAGCAUUUGCAUCAAACGCAUCAUGCCAGUGCCGCAGUUGCUGCGCACAUGUUGGGCGUGGGCAUGAGCCUGGGCACCAGCAGUGCUGCCGCUGCGGCAAUUGGACGAGGUGGGUCAGCUACAGCGGUUGCUGCAACCACAAUAACAACAAUAACAACAACAACAACAGCAGCAACAGCAGCAACAGCUACAUUGACAACAACCUCAGGCAGUUUGCAACAUGGUGGGGCACUCGCCCACGCGCUUCCGCAUUCGCAUACGCACCACCCACACCACUAUCCUAGCAUUCACGUUCAGUUGGGUGCCGGCGGCGUUCACGUUGACGAUUUGAGUAGCUCCUCCACCUCCUCCUACGCAGCGCAACAUGCGCUCUACAGCACGCAUCACCAGUCCCAGCUAAGGCGCGACGAUAACCUCGCCAAAUCUAGCUGAAAGUCAUGUCGGGAGCAGCAGGCCCAGCAACCGAUCAAGAAGAAGUCAACCCCGGCCAGACGUAUCCGCCAGCCCGGCAAUACCGGCCACAUCAAAUU